CAACCUUUUAGUAUAGUUUUGUGCAGUGAGUGGAACAGUCGCAUAGUUUCUAACGUUCGUCCGGUUGGUUUGGUUCGUUUCGCGGUUGGUUUGCAGUUUGUCUGGUCUCGCAGUGCCACCUCCCUCAGAAAAUGGUACACCAGCAGCUUUAGAGCAAGGUUCGCGACUGCAUGGAUUAGGCGGGGGUCCAUUCUUCAUUUUGUUCGCAACAUACCAAGCGGCAACGAUCGGCUUUGGACCAACUUUACGCUUUCGGAUAAAUAUUUUCGUUGCUGGACGCGUGAUGCCAAAUUUCAUCUCAUCAAGUUUUUUUUAACGAUGGCUAGUGGCAAAAUGUUUAAUCUUCAUCGAAGUGAUCUUGUUCUAGAAGAGGUUGAACAAUUAAUUUGGUACCAUUUUGAAGCUUGUUAAAAUGAUUGACCAAACGCACACAAGUUCUGUACAAAUACUUUAUGUUCCGAACAAAAUUUGAUAUGAGUGUUUCGAAAAUUAUACUACGUCAACAGUGCUCAAUUGUGUAGUUUCACGCCUUUUCUGGCUCUUGGUCCUUAGAUCUGGUGUACUUGUUUAUUUUAUUGUCGAACAUUAUUGUUCAAUUAUUUCGUAUUAAAUAAACUGGAAAGUUUUCUUAUAGAACAUUAAACAUAUUUGUCUCCAAAUUCACAAACUAAACAAAAUAACAAACCAAAAAUUGCAAGCCGUAACCGUUUGAAAUAAGGCAUCCCGAGCUAGAAAAAAUCAAGCAGCGUGACUCAAGCGAAAAAAUGGAUAAACAAAUAUCUGCAAAAGGGAGACUUGAAAAAAUGUGAUCUCAAUUUUGGUAUCUCCGCGCAAGGCUGCAUGCAGAGUGCGUUCGCGUUCAAAUUAAUCAUUAUUCAGAGUGUGCCCUGUUCGAGUGUAGGUUACUGGCGAGACCUGCGAGCAACAAAAAAAUCGCACCGCAUUUGAGCGGUUCAGCGAUUGCAUGAGACCACUGAAAGCAACACCGAAAUGAACUAAAACCGGGUCAAAGUGAACGCUAUGGCAACGACAAAUCGUAAUCGUAAAAAUAUUCUCACCCUGAAUGGUGCCGGUGGCAUAACCGAAGUCCACCUGCAUCAUAAUCACCAUCAUCAUCACCAGCAGUUGGCGCAACCGCAGCAUCCGGUCCAGGAUGGAACCGGUGCGAACCAAGCAGAAGGACUUCCAAAGCCUUUCGUGACCGCUAUGCGCACGUUGUUCGAUAUUAUGGAUGAUCAGAAAACCGGUUUCGUCAAGCUGUCCGACAUCGAAGACCGCUGGCAGGACGACGGCUCCAAAGGGCUGCCUCGGGGAGUAAUUGAUAGUUUGCGCAAGGUUACGCCCCCGAAUGGACUGCUCUCAUUCGAUCGUUUCUGUGGCGGCCUCAAAAUCUGCUUGCUUCGCAAUCAAACUGAAUCGACCAGGACUAGUCGAUUAUCUAAGGAUUCGGAAAAACUACCACUUUCCCCUACAAAACUUUCUGUCCGUCCUCCAUCAGCCCCCCUGUUGGAUUUAGAUGCCAUUACGAAACCCUCCUGGAACAGUAACAGCACUAACACGGCAACAGUCCGGCCCAACAACGCGAUGCCAGCACAAAAGACACUCAGUAUGCCUCAACUAAAUCCGGACAGUGACCUAGAUCUGGUUCUUGAGCCUCCGCCAAUCAUUCUACCGGGAGCGUUCGGUCCACCUAAACCCCCUCGAGUGGCACAGAAUCUGGAGCGAUCCCAGCCAAGCUCGAACAUCGAUAAGGCGGAGAUUCGUAAUGCGCUCCAAAACUGGCAAAUGUCUUUGCUCAUGAGUGAAUCGGACAAAACAGUCCGCCUGACACGCGGACCUGCCGACGGUCAAAUUGAUCUCUCGAACACAAGUUCAUCACCCUUGUUGGGUAUGCACACAACCGGUCUGUAUCAGAAGAAAAGCGGGGGAAGCAACGGCCGGAGACGGGAACCGCGGAGACACACACUGCAGAAUGGCGUCGAUUACAAUAUGCUCAAGCGGCUGAAGCAGAUCGAACAGGAGAAAGAUAUCCUGCUGCAGGGGCUAACGGCGGUGGAGAUAGCUCGCGAUUGGUAUCUCAAGCAGCUGUCGAUCGUGCAGGAUAAAAUCAAAUAUCUAGGCCGAGCUGGGACUCAUAUGGAAACCUGGACCGAAGCCCACCAGGAGCGUCUCGACCUGCAGCGAGCUCGUGUUCUCGAGGUGAACCGCCAUCUGAUGACGCUGGCAGAAAGCUGGGAACGCGGUGGCUUUCCAAUGCACAUGAACCUUGCCCUACGCCCACCUGGUGCCAUGUCCUUCCAUCACUCGCACCAACGUGGUCAGGUGCAAUCACCGGCCGCCUCUGGUGCGCCCGGUGGCGGCCAGUCGCACCCGCAGCCAGAACUAGUUCAGCGAUUACAGCAACAAAACGUCCAACUGUCGGAGGAAGUAAACCAGAAAAAUGAAAAACUCUCAUUAUUGGAGCGGGAAAAGUCAUCAUUGAUAAGGGAACUACUGCAACUGCAGAGGGCAAACCGGGCCAAUAGCAUGACCUCAAAUACGGACGAGAUGGUCUUUUAGCAUGAAGCAGCUGGUGCAGGAUUAUCUUUGCCAUCAUAGAUUUCGUACGUUGUUUUUAUCCGAGUUACAAUCGCGCUAGUCAGUAGCAGAUUUUUAUUGAAAGGAAGAAUUACAUCAUGAAUUAAAACUACGAGAGUUACUGCGCAGUCGUUCGGCAGUAGCUGAUCUGUAACGAUGUUGCGUGCAUUUAUGAAUUGUUGUCGAAAUAAACGAAAUUUUUA